AUGCCUGGGCUGGAGCCGAUCGCAGCCUUGGGUCUCGCCUUCCGCACGACCACGACGGCGGCGGUCUCAAACGGCCAGGGCGCUCAAGCGCCUGCCGCUCGCGACAGGCAGCUUCUGAGUCUAGUCGACAGAUGUCAAGGCGCUGCGCGAGAUCUGGAAGAGGAAGUCAAGUUCCUCCAGGGCAUACCGGGGGGCAAGGCUAGGCUCCUGGCGGCGUUGCAGGUUGCGGCCAAAACGACUUGGAGAAAGAGGCGACUGGACAAUUUGGAUCGCAAGCUCAAAGAGACAGAGGCUCAUUUGCAGACGGGUCUGCUGGCUAGGAUCUUUGAGAGGACUGAAAAAACAGGAAUCGAUCUCUCAGCCCUUGAUGAAGAUGUGCGAUCAUUUGUUCAAGAGUACCGCAAGGGUCACACUGACACGGCCAAACUAGUCUCGACCGAGAGCAUAAAGACUAGGAACCAUGUGUCGGUCGAAGUCAAGCAGAGCGAGGUUGCAAUCAGGCCACACAUUGCCCAGCAUGCUAUGGAGUCCGAAAGAUGGCUCCGUCAGCAAAUCGGGGCUGUCUUGGUUGAGAACUCGCAGCUGAAUAAUGAUAUUCGGCUACAAGGCCAGAGGGAUAAGCUCCUGAGUAGUUUGAAGUUUGACCGCAUCAACGAGCGAGGUAACCAGAUUAAGACUUCUCAUAGCGGAACCUGCACUUGGGUCCUCAGGGAUGGUAGCGAUGAAUCCAGGUCUCGAGUGAGCUCAAGCACACCUAGCCACGAUUCCUCCGGCGGAUGGGAAGACGGUGCAGAUAAUGGCAGUGACUUGGACCACGAUUCUCGUUCAGCAUCAUCUGAUACCGACUCAUCGUACGGAGAAAGCGAUCACUUUUCGUCACCUGCAGGUUCCGAUUUUGAGUGGGAUAGUCUCUCGGACUGGUUGAGAUCGAAUAAAAAAGUAUACUGGAUCAGUGGGAAGCCAGGGGCUGGGAAGUCAACCCUGAUCAAGUACAUCCUCCGAGAUACCAGGACCAGUGAUUUAUUGCAACUCUGGUGUCCAAAUCCAGUCCUUGUAUCACAUUUCUUCUGGAGGCCUGGAACUGAGAUGCACCAGAGCAUCAAAUCAAAGGGCUUUUGUUUGCUUAGCCAUGAUACUCCAUCUCUCGAUCGCGUCCUUGGUACCAGCACCGACAUGGCUCUUAAGGAUUCUGACACGGACUGGUCAGCAGAGGAACUGCAACUUCGACUCGAAAAGCUCAACUUUGCGGAUCUUGGACGCUACGCCUUGAUAAACAUUACUAUUCCAUCGGAUUACCAUGCCGACCUCGCUGAAGGGCUUGAACUAGAGCUCCACGGCAAGCUAUUUCAACGAUAUAAUACACCCAGCAGAGCCGAGAUUAAGAAAUGGCUCGUUACCGUGCUGACAAAGAAAGCCGAGGGCGUUUUUUUGUGGCUCUUCCUUACAACCAAGACCGUCACCAAAGCUGUUCUUUCGGGCGAAACAAUCCAGGACCUCGUGCAUCGAAUUGACCGCCUACCCGGAGACCUCUCACAGCUGUAUACGGAUAUGUGGGCCAGAAACAACGCUGAUGAUACCGAUCACCUGAAGGACCGCGCGGCGGUUUAUUUUCGCCUCGCGCUCGCCGGUGCCGCUGUUCAAGAAUUCACCUUGGUCCCCUGGGUGACACCAUUUACCAUGGCGAUAGCAACAAAGCCUGACCUCACGGGCUUGUGCCUUGAAACGAGUAGAACCAAGGUGGGGCUGGCCGCGCGCUUAUUGAGGGCCUCGGUGGCAACAAAACGAGACGUUGAGGCCAGGUGCUUUGGACUUCUCGAAUGCAGCCAGUUCGGCGGGCCUCACAGUCCUCAGUGCAUGAUGCCAUGGCAUGGGGAUGAGUUUAAAAAGCUCGCCCCUUACGUCUCACCUGACACUGCACAGUUUCAUUUCGUUCAUCGCACCGCUCGAGACUUUUUGAUUCACACUGAGACGGGACGUGCUCUGAUGGGGUUCACUACAGAGGCCUUGCACACCAAGCGAGCCUUGGAACUUUUCAAAGGUUACAUGGCUUCAUGCACGCUGUUCUUAAUGAUGUCAAAACUUGGGUGGGCUGGGUGGAAUAGCAUACGGUAUGCUUUCUCUUUAUCGGUGGCCCUUUCGAGGAACGAUUUGGAAGGAGAGACAGAGCUGAAAAGCGAAAUCAGGAGGAUGUUAGUUCUCUGCGAACGACUGUUUGACUAUGGUUAUCUUCAUGGCUUCCUCGAAGAGACAGCGCCAUAUGCGAUUCCUGGUCUGCCACAAACCUAUACUACUGUCCGCCGCCAGCACAGUUUCUUCAGAUUCAGCGUGUUUCUAAUGACAAAAUAUAUGUCUUUUGAGCCGCUAUUCGAGUUGCUGGUCGACAUUGCUAGAGCCCGGGACCUCGACAAAGAUACAAAAUCAUAUAUUCUGUAUUGCGUCUUGUAUCGUCCAUGCGAAACAUACGAGCAACCAGGGCCCAUCGAACGCCUCCUGGAAUGGGGUUGCUCUCCAUCAGCCAAAAUACCACACCAGCAAUUCAGAGGCAUUGAGGGAGAAGUGCUUGAAACCCCACUCAGGUACUUCUUGGAGUCUAAAUGCUGGACUUUGACAGCAAUGCAGGAUUCUGAUGCUAUUGAACUGAAGCGUCGGCAGAUGUCUUGA